UGGAAGAGAAUAAAAAGAAAAGGGAGAGGAGGAGGGCGAGCAACGUCGGGAGAAGGGAAGAAGAGGAGUGGUCGUUUCUUGGAUAACCGAAUCCUGCAAAAUGGCAUUGUCCCUGCCUCUCUCUCCCGUCUCCAUUCCCACCCAAAAGACCUCCAUCUCCGGCCACUUCGCUGCUGGCGUCACUCCCUUCGCUUCCUGCUCCACGACCAACCAUUCCUUCUUCCAGCAAGUGUCUCGCCACCUCCAUGCAGCCGCCGGAAAAGGCUGCCGUCCCGUCGCCUCCAUGGCCGGCACAGGAAAGUUCUUUGUUGGAGGAAACUGGAAAUGUAAUGGAACAAAAGAUUCCAUCAGCAAGCUUGUUUCUGACUUGAACAAUGCACAAAUUGAGGAUGAUGUUGAUGUUGUUGUUGCACCCCCAUUCAUAUACGUUGAUCAGGUGAAGAAUUCAUUAACUGAUCGGAUUGACAUUUCUGCACAAAAUUCUUGGGUUGGUAAAGGUGGUGCUUUCACUGGAGAAAUCAGUGCAGAACAGUUGAAAGAUAUUGGUUGCAACUGGGUUAUUCUGGGCCAUUCAGAAAGGAGGCAUAUUAUAGGGGAGAAUGAUGAGUUUAUUGGAAGCAAAGCUGCUUAUGCUUUGAGUCAGAACCUGAAGGUGAUAGCUUGUAUUGGUGAAUUGCUGGAAGAAAGAGAAGCUGGCAAAACAUUUGAUGUCUGUUUCAAACAGUUGAAGGCUUUUGCAGACAAAGUAUCCAGCUGGGAUGAUAUAGUAAUUGCUUAUGAGCCUGUUUGGGCUAUCGGCACGGGAAAAGUUGCUACCCCUCAGCAGGCACAAGAGGUCCAUGCCGCUGUUCGUGAUUGGAUGAAGAAGAAUGUGUCAGCUGAUGUUUCUUCAAGGACUAGAAUCAUAUAUGGAGGCUCUGUAAAUGGUAACAACUGUGGGGAGCUUGCGAAGCAGGAGGAUAUUGAUGGGUUCCUUGUUGGCGGUGCAUCCUUGAAGGGUCCAGAAUUUUCCACCAUUGUCAAUUCUGUAACUUCAAAGAAGGUCACUGUGUAAGAGGAUUGCAUGCUCGAUGACGGUCUAGCAGACUAGAAGGCAGGCAAUUGAUAUUUAGGAGUUUUGAUCCUUUUUGUUGUUUUCGAAUAAAAGAAUGGCAUAUGCACUGUUUUUGGUGAUUUUUCCAAGAAGCAAGAGUAGGAAAAGAACUGUUCAGUC